CGGCGGGCGAAAUUCAAAAUUUUGAAGCCGUUUGCAUAGGUUGUUAGUGACUAAGAGAAGAUAGUGACAGAUACACCCGGCGCUGUUCCCUCCGGCAGACAUGGACCCGUUCACUGAGAAAUUACUUGAAAGAACGAGAGCAAGAAGAGAGAAUCUUCAGAAGAAAAUGGCCGAUAGGCCAACAGCUGGUGGACGGUCUGUAGCUGUAACCAAAAGAACAAGAGAGCCCCUUGCAGAGACAAAUCGUCAGCCCCCAGCAGUGGCUGAAGAAGCUAAACCAUGCUCUAAGCCAUCACCAUCAAAGAGACGCUGUUCUGAUAAUGUUGAAACGCAAAAAUCAGAAGUAGAAAAUAAAGAGCCCAAAAGCCCAGAAAGAACCAAUAAUGAGAUUCCCUCACACACGCAAGUAAGAACCACAUCUCCUCCGAGCUCCACUAUUCUCUUGAAAAUAGAAGAGCCAAGCUCAAUCCCUGAGGACCCGAACAGUGGAGCUUCAGUGAAGUCCCGUAUGCAGAGGUUGGCACAACAGAGGCGCUACUGGGAAUGUGAUGAUAGUCCUCCAGAAUCGCCAGCCUUGAAUCCACCAAAAGAAAUGAUCCCCUCCCCUCCAAAGCCGCAGACUCCUGCUGCCAAUCUUGAGACUCCUUCAGGCCGACGAGGUCGUUUUGCAAACCUUGCUGCAACCAUUGGUUCUUGGGAAGAUGACCUAAGUCAUCCUUGUGUUAAACCAAACAAUGCACAAGAAAAGCCUGGUACUGCUUGUUUAUCAAAAGUGUCCACUGCCAGUUCAGCAUCUGCCAGCCUCAAUAGUCCCAGUGUGAGGCAGGAAGCCGCUCCGAAUGGCUCUGUGAAUAAAGUCUCCAGGACAUUGGAUAAUAAACCUGCAGCUGCAAAAUUCUCGAGUUCCACUGUUGUUUCCACAACGGCCACAGAAAAAUCAAACUUAUUGGAGGAUAAGCCAGCAAGCAUCAUUCCUUCCAAGCUGGAAACGAAGGACUUACUCCCGGCUCAGACAGUACAAACAUUGUCAACCAAAAUAUCUACACCACCAAAAACAGAGAGGCCACCCUCAAGGGUAUUCUCAAGUCAGCCGGCAGUCCACAAAGAGGAGGCCAGUAGAGCAGCACCCGCACAACCAAAGGAUAAGAUCACUACACCAGGAGGGCCCGGAAUUAAAUCCUUCCUAGAGCGCUUUGGUGAGAAGUGUCAAGAACGUAGUCCUGCACCUACAAAUUUUGCCACCAAGUCUGCUGUGUUGACUCCAAAUACAAAGAGCAUCCAAGAAAGACUGCUGAAGCAAACUGAUGUCUCCAGUACUGCCAGCUUAGCACAGCAGCAGAAACAGGAACGUGAGAAAGAACUUGCAGCUCUUCGUAGCAGGUUUGAUAAAGGCAGAGUGUGGAAUGCAGACAAGGAAGAUACGACUAAAACGAAACCGCAGGCGACACAACGGGAAACUCGGGUUCAUCCUGCAACAUCUAGCAAACCACCCAAGCCAGAUGUAAUUUCCCAUCCCUCAGUUGGGAGACUCCCAGGCACAGUACAACCUAAAAUGGCUGAACGUCUUCACAGUCCUAGCAAAACUCUACAGCCAUCUCCUGCAUCCACCAAGAAAGCGGAACAUGUAGAAGGGCAAGUUAAUGGAAAAACAUCUGAAGAGGUGGAUGAGGUUGAAAUGAGUGUUGAUAAUAUUGAUGAGAUGAACAGUUCGGAAGUGAUCACUAACAUAUUUAGUGAUGCCCUUGAUGAUGAGGAUGAUGAAAAUGUUGAAGAAAGUUCAUCAAAGCAAGUGGAAAAAGUCUGUGAUGAUAAGGAAAGUGAUGAAGAAAGAGAUGACGACUACUAUGAAGAUGGAGAAGGUGCUCUCAACAUUUCCUCAAUGUCUUUGCUCGCUCCUUUAGCAGAGACUGUUGGCGUUGGAAGUCCAGAAGCCCUGCUCUCAAAAUCCAGCAUAACAGCAGAUAGCAAUGUGUGUGACAGCCCAAAAUCUGUAACGUUUCAACAUGCAGAAUCCCAGGAGAACGUUCUGUCUGAAGAGGAAAAUCGAAAUCUUCUUUAUAGCAUUGACGCGUACAGGUCACAAAGAUUCAAGGAGUCGGAUCGUCCAGUGGUUCAAAAGAUUGUCCGUAAAGAAGAUGUUUCUUCUCGAACUGAGGACAAAAGAUAUGCAUCUCCACGAGCAUUUAACAUCAAGCAAAAAAUGAAGAUGCUGAAUAAUGAGAUCAGCCUGCAACAAACCGUGAUUCAUCAAGCCAGCCAGGCCCUGAAUUGCUGCGUAGAUGAAGAGCAUGGUAAAGGAUCCCAAACAGAAGCAGAGGCUGAGCGUUUGCUGCUGGUAGCUACUGAAAAAAGAGCUGCAUUGCUUGCUGAGAUAAAUAGACUGAAGAGUGAAGGACCUCAGAAGAAACCCAAUUCCCACGUCAAUGAUGGCACACCAUCAAGGGGCCUUGUAUCUGUUUCAGAAAUAUUCCUCCCUCUUAAAACAGAUUUUGUCUGCAGCACCUCUCAAAGACCAGAGUCAGCAAAUUACUACUUCUUCAUAAUUAUCAGAUCAGGAGCAGAAAACAUGGUGGCCACUCCUCUGUCUAGUAUUUCCAGUUCAAUGAAAGGGGACGCGUUAUCCUUCCCAACUAUAUUUAGUCUUGAAGAUGUCUCUAAUGACUUUGCAGUCUACAUAGAUGUCUACAGCUUGGCACAAAGAAAAGAAGUUCCCUCCACUGAUAAGAGGAAAAAGGCAGUGAAGUCAAAGGCAAUUACUCCAAAGAGGCUUUUGACUUCAAUCACUAAGAGCAACAUUCAUACACCAGCUUUAUCUAGCCCAGGAGGGCCAAGUGCUGUCCGUACCAGUAACUUUGUGCUUGUUGGGAGCCAUAAGCUUUCUUUAGCUUCAGUUGGAAGCAACAAAUUUCUUUUAGAUAAGGUUCCAUUUUUGUCUCCUUUAGAAGGUCACAUUUGUCUAAAACUUAAAUGCCAAGUAAAUUCAUUUGUGGAAGAAAGAGGCUUCUUGACUAUGUUUGAAGAUGUAAGUGGCUUUGGGGCCUGGCAUCGGCGUUGGUGUGUGUUGUCUGGCUACUGCAUUUCAUACUGGACAUACCCAGAUGAUGAAAGAAGAAAGAAUCCUAUUGGAAGACUAAAUCUUGCAAACUGCACAAGCAAAAAAAUAGAGCCAGCCAAUCGGGAGUUCUGUGCAAGGCCCAAUACUUUUGAAUUGAUUACAGUCCGUCCACAAAGAGAGGGUGAUAGAGAAACACUGGUCAGCCAAUGCAGAGAUACGCUCUGUGUCACAAAGAACUGGCUGUCGGCAGACACGAAGGAUGAGCGGAACCUUUGGAUGCAAAAAUUAAACCAAGUCGUUUUGGAUCUGCGCAUGUGGCAGCCAGAUGCCUGUUAUAGGCCAGCUACCAAGGCUUAGAAAUAGUGGAAGUUUACUAAAGUGCCAUUCAUUGUACAGCACGUUCCUUUUCCCGUGUCUUCUACUUUACUGCAGGCGUAUUAUACACAUAUAUAUGUGAAGUCACUGGCUGCGAAGAAAAUGUAUUUAUUCUUUUUCAUUGACCUCAUUAAUUUACACUUGACCACUUUUUGAUAGGAGAACCCAUGCGUAGGAGGUGGUUAUACAAUGCGAGCCUCCGAUGGCUGUAGCUUAUGUUCUUAGAUCUGUUUUUAGUCUUUUUUAUUGGAUUGGGUUUGUAAUGGGAUUGUGCCUUUUGGGAGAGCUUUAACUUUUUGCUAUAUUAUGUGCAAUAUAAAACCCAGUGUUGGGACCUCGAUGAUGAGCACAGUUUUAAUUUAAAUGUUUGCUUUCAAUAUUGCAAAACUGCUGCCCUCUUUAUAAAAGUGGGUCACCGUCACGCCACGUUGCGCUGGAUUUUAACCCUUGUAAACACUCGCCUUGCUCUCUCUGACCCGUUUUAUUUAAGAUGGAAACCUUGCCUUUUUCCUCUACAACAUAUUUUUCUGAUAUGUGGUACUUGAUUCCAUCUGCAUCUAAUUGUAACCAAACUGAUUGUGUUGUGCUUUGCUAAUAUGUUGUAUGGAUUAUUUGCCAUCUAUAGGGCUUGGGGACAUCCGCUAACAAAUGCCAGAGUUGAUUUUUAAGAUUUUUUUUUUUUAGUCAUGUGAUUUUAUAAAGCUGCUGGAUUGCCAGCUACGUGCGUUACUAGUUUAACUAUUUUAUUCCUAUAGGCAAUACGUGUUUAGGAAACAUUUGUAGAUCUAAGAGCUGUUUUAAACAGCAGUUAAUGUACUGAGAUGAGUUACCAACAGUAGAAGCAAAGGACAAGCUGCUAGUUGUUAGUCGAAAUCUGACGUCAUUAAGGGGCCGUUGACACAGCAUUUUAUGUAGACGGAAUUUGGGAGCGGACACCUGUGGCGGAAUUUAGCUACUGGCGAUGUCGUUUCGGACUCCCAUUCAUUUAAAUAGGAGGCAGCGCUGAAGAUUUCAGAGCGGCGAUUUGCGGCUGCACCAUCUUUUCACCACAAUCUUCAGCGUUGCCUCAUUGAAAUUAAUGGGAGGCAGAAGCCACAGGCUGCUGACAAAACUUUCCAUCUGUGUCCACUCCAGAAUUCACCCCUUCAAAAUAGCCAGCGUGACCGGGCACUUAGACUUCACGCUGAGAACGAAUAGAAAAAUGUAAUUUCACACAUACUUCAGCUCAUACGAGUCACACUCUCCAUGGCUGCAUAGCCAGAGCUAGGUAACUACCAGUAUCUCAGCUUAAUGUCACAAUUUUUCUGGACUUGAAGCAAUGUUUGCUGUAAAUCAUGGAUGUCAAACUCAUGGCCCUCGAGCAACAACAAUUACAACUUCUAGCAUGCCCCGAUGGCUGACUGAUGUCCAGGCAUGAUGGGAGUUGUAGUUUUGCAGCAGCUAGGGGUGCUACGAGUUUGACAUCCCUGCUGUAAAACAUAACUUUUGGUUCUAUUUAAAAAAAAUACGUUUUCAGGAACAGUGAGGCCAUACGUAAAAAAAAAAGUUUAGAAUAUUAGUAUUAUACAAAAGUAUUGAACCUGUAUGUUCUCUGUCACUGUCUUGGUGAAAAAGUUUGGAUGUUCAUAUUUGAUCACUAUUUUGUGUACUUUUGAAUUGUUGCAUUCAUUUUAGAUUCAUACCAUUUUUAUAGAAUCCUGCUUUGUAUUAACGCAUGGGUGGACACUAACAGCCUUUCUAUGAAUCCUUCCCGCACAUACACAUUUCAAAGUGGUGUCUGUUUUUUUUGUAUAUUUUUGUCUCACUUUCUGUGUCUUUCUCUUCAAAUGUAAAAAGAUUUGACAAUUUUGUCAUUGCAAAAUAAACUUUGUAUAUAUGUAUU